AUGGACAACCAGGAACUUCGUCGGCACCGGCCGGCUCUGGAAACCAGGUUGAUGACGAGGAGGAGGAGGAGGAGGAGGAGGGAGGAGGAGGAGGAGGAGGAGGAGGAGGAGGAGGAGGAGGAGGAGGAGGAGGAGGAGGAGGAGGAGGAGGAGGAGGAAAGCGAUGACGAAAACGACGACCAGGAGAUCGAGAAGCGCGACGACACCAUCGCGUCGCUCACCGCCGAGAUAACCUGUCUCACCGAGGCACUCCAUGUGUCAGAAGCACGGAGAGUGCCGGAGGCCCCGCCGCCGGCUACCGCGCAAGCUCCCAGCGAGGGUGGCUCGGCGGAUUUGGCCAACACGGGAGCCGGAACCGACAGAGGGGACGAGAAACCCCCGCCACCCCCACAGACAGACGAGGAGGCUAGUGCACUCAACAUGAGGGUGCGCCGAAUGCUGAAGGUCAUGGAUGCGGUGCGCCAGCUACGCGCGAGCGACGGCGAUGCCGACACCAAGGCCGUGGUCGAUGCACUGCACAGGAUCGCGGCACCAGGCAUCGGGACCUUCUACGAUGCCCUCACGGUGCUCAAACCGGGAACGGCACUGACGUUGUCCAAAGAGCCUGGCAUGGGAGUCAAAAGGCUGGGCCCCAAGGUGGUCUCGAAGCUACGCCUGGCCUGUGCGCUUGUGGCGCUCAACCUGAAGCCGAGUGAUUGGGUCGCUGCCCUGUUUCCAGACACCUGGGAGGAGCAGAUGCCGAAGACGAUGGCCAACGUGGCGAAGCCGACCGCACCGGCCAAGUCGACAGCACCGGCCAAGCCGACCGCACCGGUGCACCGUCCUCUGACCAAGCGCAAGAAGUCGGCAUGA